UGCUUUUCAUCUGUCUCGGUCUCUCUGGCGUGAUCCCCUGUACCCACUACAUCAUUAUGGAGGGCUUUUGGCAAGCAGUCAGUAGCGCAGCUCUUGGCUGGCUUAUUCUGAUGGCAUUACUCUACAUCACUGGUGCCGUGAUAUAUGCUCUUAGAAUUCCAGAGCGUCUGUGGCCUGGAAAGUUCGACAUCUGGUUUAAUUCCCUUCAUAGCAGUUUAAAUGGCAUUUAUAUCAUAUCGCUUGGUGGGAUUGUAAACUUCCACAUCUGUUAG